CGUCUCCAGGUGUUUCUCGACCUACCGGCUUUCCUCUCCCCCUGCAGGAAUGAAGACUCCUCUCAGCCCCUCUCAGUUCCUGGAGAGUGGGCAGAUCUUUGCCUUUGGAGGGGUGUGUCAGGAGCUGAUGGACACACCAACACCCACAGCCAUCGGUCUAUCUGCCCAGCAGACUCCUUCCCCAGGUCAGGGUGGGGCCUACUCGCUGUGUGAGGUGUGUAACCUGCAGCUUACCUCUGAUGCUCAGGCCCAGCUGCACUACAAUGGGCGGUCUCACCUGCGGAGAGUGAGACAGCUCAAGGCUGGAGAAACAGGACAGCAGGCAGCAGCAGGGGGUCAGUCCAGGUCUCUUCCCCAGCCUGUAGGAUUAACUCCAACCCCAGGCCUCAGCCCUGGCCUCAGCGCUCUACCCAGCACAACUGCAGGAAGUGGGUGUGGUACAGUGGGUGGUGCGUUGCCGGGGCUGAUAGGCGCCAGCGGUCCCUCAGUGAUGAUGAAACCGUUCUUGUCAUUUCCUGUUGAGACAACGUCGCCUGUUGGACUUUUCCCAAACUUCAACACGAUGGACCCGGUGCAGAAGGCUGUCAUCAACCACACCUUUGGUGUUACCAUGGUGCCCAAGAAGAAACAGGUCAUCUCCUGUAACGUCUGCCAGUUGAGGUUCAACUCUGAUUCUCAGGCAGAUGCUCAUUACAGAGGCAGUCGUCACGCCAAGAAGCUCAAGUCUCAGGAGAACAAGGCCAAGGCCAAGAUGUCAAUCACUGGAGAGAUCAAUGGGAGCAGCUCUAGUCUUGCUGGCCCCGCCCCUCCAAUCUCAGCUAACAGCGGCACCAAUCAGCACACAGAGCUCUUAUCCAGCCUCACCAACCCAUCUUCUCCUCUCAAACCCUUCCUCCUUCCCUCCUCUUCCCCUCUCUCCUCCACCUCCCCCUCCUCUAGCAGAGCGGGCAGUGAGCCUCCCCCCUCCAGCCCCCCCUCUGCUCUCCCUGCCCCGGGCCUCUCCUCCUCCUCUUCCUGCUCUUCCUCUUCUUCCAAAGCCCCUCCACUUGCCCCUCCACCAGCACUUGUCACCUCCUCCUCCCCUGGUCCUCCUUCCUCCCAGGCCUCCACCCAGGAUGUUCCUCUCUCAGUGGAGUCGGAGGAGGAGAAGGCAAAGAAGCUGCUAUACUGCUCUCUGUGUAAAGUUGCUGUCAAUUCUCUGUCUCAGUUGGAGGCUCAUAAUGCAGGUUCGAAGCACAAGACGAUGUUGGAGGCUCGGAGUGGCGCUGGGCCAAUCAAGGCCUACCCUCGACCUGGAGGCAAGCUUAAGAAUGGCAGCAGCACCGCACUGAAGGGCUCCGGCCUGCAGAACAAAACCUUCCACUGCCAGAUUUGUGACGUCCACGUCAACUCUGAGAUCCAACUUAAACAGCACAUCUCCAGCAGAAGGCACAAGGACAGAGUGGCAGGAAAACCCAGCAAACCCAAAUACAGCCCUUACAACAAACAGCAGCGCAGCUCCCUCACUGAGUUGGUGAAGCCCUCCCUCUCUCCCUCCUUCCUCUCUACUCCCUUCGCUCCUCCAUCCUCCUCUCUCACCUCCUCCAUCUCACUUCCUCCCUCCUCCAUCUCACUCACUCACUCCUCUCUCUCUUCCUCACCCCUCCUCACUCCCACCUCCUCACCCCUCUCUCCUGCCAUCUCUCUCCAUCCUCGCCCUCCUGCCACUUCGUCCCUCUUCACCGCAUCCUUCCUACGUCCGGCUCCUGGACCAAUCAGAGCGAGCCAAGGAUCAAUUCUCUUCACUCCCUACUGAUGUCCUCAUUGUUGUUGGAGCUACAGAUUUCAGCUCUGCCAUCAUGGCAGCAGUGAUUGAAACCUGCAACCUUCUCACUUGCCAGAGGCGUCAAAAAGAGACACAGGAGGACCGAACCUCCUCCUCCUCCUGUCUGGAUCAGAAAUCUACGCGGGUCUGAAAAUUCACAGCUGACCCAACGACAACCUGUGAUGAUUGUAUCCAAGUCAGACAUGGACACGUCACUUUAAGCAAACCACAGACCUGAAGCAUAAAGUCUAUGACCUGAGCCCAGUCCUGAAAAAAUUACAGAGCUGCCCCAAAUUUUCUAGAAAGUAAUAAGGUCCUGGAAAUGUCUUAACGUCCCCCCCCCAAAAAAGCAGCUUAUUUGUUGUCUCCUGCAGUCAUUGUGAUGCUCCAGAAUCAGCCACUGCAGGACGUCCAACUCAAGUAAAA